CGUGGGAAGGGCAGGCAGGCCAUACUGGGGGAGCACCCGUCCUCUUACGGAGACAAUGGAUACGGUAAGAUCCCCCCUCUCAGCCCAAACACCAGAACACUACUCAGUCUAUCGGCCUCCUUCAUCUCUGGACAUCUCUAGACACAGACUGCUACAUUAUCCACUCUAUCCACACUCAUUCACUGACCUCCUCCGUUUCAAAAUGUUUUCUCUAGUUUCAUGCCUACUGAACACAACCCCCCCUGUGUUAUGUAUUCCAGGGUCGCACUGCCCCCUGCUGCCUCUCCCAGGUAACAGCAGGUACAAGCUGAGCUCCCACGACAUCCCAGAGGUGGUGGCUUACCCCCUGCCCCAGAGCUCCUCUUACAACAACCACGGCUCUAGCUCUGUUGCCAUGGUGAGCGGCCUGCACCCCGCCAAGAUGAACUGCACCCGCAUCUUCAACCUUUUCUGUCUCUAUGGCAACAUCGAAAAGGUCAGCAGCAGGGGUCCAUCUUAGGAGGGACUUAAGGGCAUCCAUGUGUGUGUUUGUGAUAGUUUGAGUGUGAAUGAACAUUUCUUUGAUGAUUUUUUUUUGUUGUCAGUGUAUGUUAUUCUGUUUGAAGUAUUUCUGUUUGAAGUAGGUGUACUAAAGCAGUAGUUCUCAAACCUCUCCUGGGGACCCGCAACCAUUCCAUGUAUUUGAUCUAUUCCAGAGCUAGCACAUCUGAUUCAAAUUGUCAACUAAUUAUCAAGCACUUUACUAAGUGAAUCAGGUUAGCUAGUUCAAGGUGCAACAAAAUUGUGAAAUGUCUGGUGGUCCCCGAGGAUAGGUUUGAGAACCACUGUGCUAAAGGUGUAUGUAGCUAUAUAGUAUUUGAGGUUUGCUAUGCACGUCAUGUGUCUAAAUGUGUGUGUGUGGCAGGUGAAGUUCAUGAAGAGUGUCCCAGGCACUGCCCUAGUAGAGAUGGGGGAUGAGUAUGCAGUGGACAGGGCCAUCACUCACCUCAACAGCAUCAAGGUGUUUGGCAAGAGGCUUAAUGUCUGGUGAGUGUCUCCUUGUUAGCAUGUUAGAGGAUAGCUUAGCAUCUGCAGUAUUCAACCACAGAAUUCAUCUUAUUGUCUAGUAUCUUUUUACUCAUUGUUUGUCUUGCAUUCCCUCCCUCUCCAUUUCUCUCUUCCUCCUUUUUCUUUCUCUCUCUCUCCCCCUAUCCCUCUCUCCCUCUCUCCAGUGUGUCCAAGCAGCAUGCGGUCAUCCCCAGCCAGGUGUUUGAGCUGGAGGACGGCAGCAGCAGCUAUAAGGACUUUGCCAUGACCAGGAACAACCGCUUCACCAGCCAAGGCCAGGCCUCCAAGAACAUCAUCCAGCCACCCUCCUGUGUAUUGCAUUACUACAACGUCCCCCCCUGCAUCUCAGAGGACCAGCUACUGAGGGUAGGGCUGUAAUGAUAUCUAUGGUAGGGAUAGGAUGUGAGCAGAUGCCUGAGGGGUUAAAGGUCAAGGCUAGGGAACGGGAUGUAGGAAGUAAGGUCAGAUUUAUGGUUAACUCCCAUCCUGUAUACUGCACUACUGCAACUUCCCUCCCGGUAUCUGAAAGUACCAGCUACUGAGGUUAGGGCUGGGAUGGCAGGGUAGGGUGUGGGGAAGGGUUUCGGAGGUCUGUAUGGGGUAGGGUUUAGCGUUGACUCUCAUCCUGUGAGCUGCACUACUACAAGCCCCUCCCCCUACAUUUCAGAGGGCCAGCUGGAACUUGGGCAUGUGGUUGGAAGUAGGUGGAUAUCUGAUGUUUGGUGGAUAGGAGGCCUAAGAGAUUCAAUUAUUCUGCUACUCUUUUGCUGCACAAUUGCUUCCAUAGAAGAAGAGGACCACUGAUGGAUCUACCAGUCAUUCACUGUCAAAGAUCUAUGUACUUUGACUGUUAUUAAAGAGCUCCAUCUUGUGGAUGUGGUUAGAAAAACACAAGUAUUCCCUCAGCUGUCGUUGUUGACUGUUGUUUGAUUUUUUACAGUUAUGCUCAGAGCAUGAUGUGCCAGGUUUCACCAAGUUCAAGAUGUUUGAUGCAAAGCGUAAGUUUGGCCUUUUUUCACUUUUUCCAUUUUGUUAGGCUGUUGAAGGAGUUAGCUAUACUGUCAUACUGAAGUUAUCCUACUGUCCUCUCUUCUCAUCAGCCUCCUCCAAAACCAUAUCUGGCUUGUUAGAGUUUGACUCCAAGACGCAUGCGGUCGAGGUCUUGACCGUCCUAAACCACUACCAGAUCAGAAUACCA